GGGUUGCUGAGGGUUUGUCAGGUUUCCAGCUCAGGGCCCAGCCAGCUGGCAGCAAGCAGGACAGAGGUCACUUGAACUCACAUCCCUGUUAAAUACAUCAGCUUUUAAAUCAAUCUUUGUUCAAAGUCCAGUGAGUUCCAAGACCAGUGCUCGCCAACAGAGACAAGGUCCCCAGUGAACAGAGCAGCUUCUCUUCCUUCCUGAUACAGAAAUGGCUUCCACCUUCAACCCCCGAGAAUGUAAACUAUCUAAACAAGAUGAACAAAGCUAUGGCUUCUUCCUGAGAAUUGAGAAGGACACCGAUGGCCACCUGGUUCGAGUGAUUGAGAAGGGGAGCCCAGCAGAGAAGGGUGGCCUCCAGGAUGGAGACAGAGUUCUUAGGAUCAAUGGUGUUUUUGUGGACAAGGAGGAACAUAUGCAGGUCGUGGAUCUGGUCAGAAAGAGUGGGAAUUCAGUGACUUUACUAGUUCUGGAUGGGGAUUCCUAUGAGAAAGCAAUGAAGAUGAAGGUGGACUUAAGAGAGUUGGGUCAAAGUCAGAAGGAGCAAGGUUUGAAUGAUAAGAAACUGUCUCCUGUGAUGAAUGGGCGAGUGGAGACUUGGACCCAGCCCCGGCUCUGCUACCUCGUGAAGGAGGGGAACAGCUAUGGCUUCUCUCUAAAGACCGUCCAAGGUAAAAAGGGUGUAUACCUGACUGAUAUCACACCUCAAGGUGUGGCCAUGAAAGCUGGGGUGCUGGCUGAUGACCACGUGAUUGAAGUGAAUGGGGAGAAUGUAGAAGACGCCAGCCACGAGGAAGUGGUUCAGAAGGUUAAGAAGUCGGGAAGCCAUGUCAUGUUCCUGCUGGUGGACAAAGAGACCCACAAACGCCACAGUGAGCAGAAGAUACAAUUCAAAAGAGAAAUCGCCAGUUUGAAACUGUUACCCCACCAGCCCCGAGUUGUGGAGAUGAAGAAGGGAACCAAUGGCUAUGGUUUCUAUCUGAGUGCCAGUCCAGAGCAGAAAGGUCAAAUCAUCAAGAACAUAGAUUCUGGAAGUCCAGCAGAAGAGGCUGGCUUGAAGAACAAUGACCUGGUAAUUGCUGUCAACGGCGAGUCUGUGGAAACUAUGGAUCAUGAUGGUGUUGUGGAAAUGAUUAAGAAGGGUGGAGAUCAGACUUCAUUGCUGGUAGUAGACAAAGAGACGGACAACAUAUAUAAACUGGCUCGUUUUUCUCCAUUUCUUUACUAUCAAAGUCAAGAACUGCCUAAUGGCUCGGUCAAGGAGGAUCCAGCUCCUAGUCCUGUUUCCCAGGAGGCCUCAAGUCCAGAUACUACUGAGGAAGUAGAUUAUAAGCCUAAACUCUGCAGGCUGGUUAAAGGUGAAAAUGGCUAUGGCUUUCACUUAAAUGCCAUUCGGGGUCUGCCAGGCUCAUUCGUCAAAGAGGUGCGGAAGGACAGCCCUGCCGACCUGGCUGGGCUGGAAGACGAGGACAUCAUCAUUGAAGUGAACGGCGUGAAUGUGAUGGAUGAACCCUAUGAAACGGUGGUGGACAGAAUCCAGAGCAGUGGGAAGAAUGUCACACUGUUAGUCUGUGGAAAGAAGGCUUAUGACUAUUUUCAAGCUAAGAAAAUCCCUAUUGUCUCCUCCAUGGUCGAGCCACUGGAUGCCCCCCCAGAUUCUAAAGAAGGAACAUUAGCGGUGCCAGAGCAGGACGUGCAUGUGGCGAAAGAUCGAGCCCACAGCACAGCCUCACAUUCUUCUUCCAAUUCUGAAGAUACAGAGAUGUGAAGAGAUCAAAUAAUGGCUUUGGCUGAUAGCCGUUUCUGGGUAUUUAGACAAGGAAUGAGUUGCCACCUGUUUGCUGUCAGAGGGUAAAACUUGUCUGGAAACCAUUCAUCAUGUGAUUGUCUUCUGUUAUUGCUUAGGGGUGGGUGGCUGUUGCAGGUGGUUUAUGGUCGACUUAGGAAGAGCUAAGGCAGGAGCCAGAUUCUUUUUUUGUGAUCUCUUCCAAGGUUCAACUUUAUGUUUCUCUGUAUGAUGAGGCUCCUUGAACACCAAAGAUGAUUUGUAAAUCUGUAUAUGUGAGAGUUGCUAAUUAAAGUAUCUGAGCAGAUAAAUCUCUUAAAAUGAUGCUUUUGUAACAAUGUUGUGGUUGCUAGAAUAAAUAACAUUAAAAAUGC